UCCAACUUUGUGCAGCAUUUCUGAUCCUGCUGGAGUCUGGGGAGAAAAUGGAGGCUCAUUUCAUCACAUUUGUUCAGUCGCUCCGUCUUCGCUGAGCUCCUCCGCUCUGUCCCACACGCUCGCCAGGCGAGAAACCCACUUUAAAACUCGCCGUCGGAUGGGAUUUACUCUCCAAAGUCAAGUUAUUCUCGCUACCUCUAUCACAUGGCGCAGAUUGGCAUCAUCAUGGUUUGGCUCCGCCGUGCCCUCAUGAGCGGCUGCAUUUCCUGGAAUAAGCUGGAACCCGAGCCUUGAAAGUCACACCAUGGAAUGUUUGUAGUAUCUCGCCUCCGCUGCGUUCAUCUCAAGAGUAUCGGCAGGAAUCAGAAACACCAAAGUGAGACACAAACGACUGAGGGACACAGAGGAGGUCUCCGAAAUCUGGGCCUCUGAUCCUGAAGGAUCUUUAUCUAUUUAGGUCAGCCAGUGUGAGAGGGGGGGCUUGGGAGUGUGUGUGUGCGCGUGUGUGUGUGGUUCUUAUUUAGAGUAGGUGCCUGGCCUGGGCACUGAGGCCAUGAGGCCCAAGACUUUCCCAGCAGCCCCAUAUGUGGGCAACACGCGGCAGCGGCUUCAGGAGAUCAAGGAGGGCCUGAAACAGCCGGCCAAGCUGGUGAGCCAAGCCCUGCAUGGAGGCAGCUCCCGGAGCGAGGGCAGCAGGGGGGCUGACGCCAAGGGCGGGAAGGACACGGGCAGCCGGCCGCAGCAGCUCCGGCCGCCGCAGAAGUUCAACAACUACCAGAAUGCUUUGCGAGAAAUCCGCAAGUCCCUCAUGCCAUUCGCCAACGAGUCGGGGGAGGCCGGGGAGGUGAACCGGCAGAUGCUGCAGGAGCUCGUCAACGCCGGCUGUGACCAGGAAAUGGCGGUGCGGGCGCUGAAGCAGACGGGGAGCAGGAACAUCGAGGCUGCUUUAGAGUACAUCAGCAAGAUGGGUUACCUCGACCCUCGCAAUGAGCUCAUUGUCCGCGUCAUCAAGCAGACGUCACCAGGGAAAGCUGGCAUGCCAAACACGAUGGACCACCGGCCUUCGCUGGAGGCUUCAGGUGAAGCCGGAGCGAUGCCUCCAUACCAUCAGAUCUAUGACGGGGUGGCGGGAUACGGCCCUGAGGGCGACAUGACCCGCCCGUACAUGAACAACCCUGUUAUGAACUACAUGAUGGCUCCCUCUGGUGCAGCACAGGGCCCCGCCAUGGGAAACCCCAUGGGUCGCCCCACCAGUAUGGGCAGCUACCCGCCAGUGAUGGCCCCACAAAGCAACCCAGGAAACACCAUGUACCCCCCCGGCCCCCAGCAGAAGGGCUACCCCAGCAGCAUGGAGCCCCACGGGCCCAUCAUGAGCUACAACGUCCCGGGCCAGCCCCUGCAGCUCCAGCCGCAGCCACCGGGGGGCCCCGUCCCAGGCCCGCACUACGACUACGGCCACGCCAGGCAGCACAUCAUGGAGCCCGCCGGCUACGGCGUCAAAAGGACCCCCUCCUUCCAGAACAAGAUGGCUCCACCCCAAAUGGCCCCCCCGGACAACUACGUCAACAUGCAGGGCAAAGGCGCUAUGGGUCAGCCCGGGCCAGGAGGGGGUGGGGGGGGCUACCCCGCUAACCUGUACCUGCCCCCACACUCCCACCCCCGGCAGGCCAGCCCCACCUCCCACCAGGUCCACAUGAUGUCCCGUUCCCCGGGGGGAGUCUCCGGCAUGGGCCCCGACUUCUCAGACAUGCCCCAAGGCUUGAUGACGCCGUCCAGGGCCAGCCUCAACCUGGACCUGUACGAGCACCACUGGUCAGGGCCCCCGGGGCCCGAGGGGGCCCCCCCAGCCCGGCAGCCCCAGCCGCAGGGCCCCUUCAGAGGGGAGGUGCGCGUCCCCAGCAGAACCAACUCUUUCAACAGUCGCUCCGCCUGUCCCAACGGCGUACGGCCCACGAUGGCGGCGCCCCCCGCCGCUGGGAAACAGGACUCCUCCCUGGGCCUUCCUAACACCAUCACCGCGGUAACGUCCCCGCCCAUCCAGCAGCCGGUGAAGAGCAUCCGCGUGAUGAGGCCGGAGCCCAAGACGGCCGUGGGGCCGUGUCACCCCAGCUGGAUGACGGCUCAGAGCCAGGAGGCGUCGGAGCCUCUGGCCUACAUGCCAGAGGAGACAUACCCCCUGGAGGCGGCUCAGGAGCCGCGCUGCCCUCCGCCGCCGUACCCCAAAAACCUGCUCCUGACCGGAGCCGCCGACCCGGGGGGCCUGGAGGGAGCCGGGGCCGCCUGCGGGGCUCCGGACCUCAACAACCCGGCCGGCAGGAGCUCGCACAACGGCAGCGCCGGCAGCGGCAAGGCCGAGGACGGCCAGCAGGUGAAGGAGAAGACCAAGACGGGCAAGGCCGAGAAAACCACGAAAGACAAGAAGCAGAUCCAGACGUCCCCCGUUCCCGUGAGGAAGAACGGACGGGAUGAGGAGAAGAGGGAGUCCCGCAUCAAAACCUACUCCCCGUUUGCCUUCAAGUUCUACAUGGAGCAGCACAUAGAGAACGUCAUGAAGACGUACCAGCAGAAGCUGAACCGCAGGCUCCAGCUGGAACAGGAGAUGUCCAAGGCCGGCCUGUCGGAGGCGGAGCAGGAACAGAUGAGGAAAAUGCUGAACCAGAAGGAGUCCAACUACAACAGGCUACGGAGAGCCAAAAUGGACAAGUCCAUGUUUGUGAAGAUCAAGACUUUGGGCAUAGGUGCUUUCGGUGAAGUGUGCCUUACACGGAAAGUAGACACGGAUGCACUUUAUGCCAUGAAGACGCUGCGUAAGAAGGAUGUCCUCAACCGUAACCAGGUGGCCCACGUGAAAGCAGAGCGCGACAUCCUGGCGGAGGCCGACAACGAGUGGGUGGUGCGUCUUUACUACUCCUUCCAGGACCGCGACAGCCUCUACUUCGUCAUGGACUACAUCCCCGGAGGAGACAUGAUGAGCCUGCUCAUCCGCAUGGGCGUCUUCCCCGAACAUCUGGCGCGCUUCUACGUGGCUGAGCUGACGCUAGCCAUCGAGAGCGUGCACAAGAUGGGUUUCAUCCACCGGGACAUCAAGCCAGACAACAUCCUCAUCGACCUGGACGGACACAUCAAGCUCACCGACUUUGGUCUGUGCACAGGCUUCCGCUGGACGCACAACUCCAAGUACUACCAGAAAGGGAGUCAUGUCAGACAAGACAGCAUGGAACCCAGCGACUUCUGGGACGACGUGUCCAACUGUCGCUGUGGCGACCGGCUCAUGACACUGGAGCAGCGCGCCAACCGCCAGCACCAGCGCUGCCUGGCUCACUCGCUGGUCGGAACGCCCAAUUACAUCGCACCUGAGGUUCUGCUGCGUAAAGGCUACACCCAGCUGUGUGACUGGUGGAGUGUGGGGGUGAUCCUGUUUGAGAUGCUGGUGGGACAGCCCCCGUUCCUCGCCUCAACUCCUACUGAGACUCAGAUCAAGGUGAUCAACUGGGAGAGCACGCUGCAGGUGCCGGCUCAGGUCAAGCUGAGCCCGGAGUCCGUGGACAUCAUCGGCCGGCUCUGCUGCUCCGCCGAGGAGCGCCUGGGUGCCAACGGCGCCGGGGAGAUCAAGGCCCACCCCUUCUUCGCCCCGGUGGACUUCUCCAGCAACCUCCGGCAGCAGCCGGCGCCGUACCGGCCCAAGAUCGCCCACCCCAUGGACACGUCCAACUUCGACCCGGUGGAGGAGGAGGGCGGCCCGGGGGCCUGGAGCGACAGCGGGGACAGCACCCGGGCCCUGGACACGCUCUGCUCCCCGCACGGGAAGCACCCUGAGCACGCCUUCUACGAGUUCACCUUCCGCAGGUUCUUCGACGACAACGGCUGCCCCUUCCGCUACCCGAAGCCGCCGGAGGCCCACGGGGCGACGCAGAACAUCGCCGGCGCCAUGGGCCCGGACGAGGAGGAGGAGGGGCAGGAGGAAGAGGAGGAGGAAGAAGAAGAGGAGGAUGAGGAGGAGGAGGAGGGAGAGCAGGGGGAGGGAUGUGAGCCAGUGUACGUCUAGAGCUACACUCUGACAAGCUUCCUGAGCAGCUUGUGUGCGAUACUGCCCGUCACUCGGCUCCGUCACUGCUCCUCUCAGGUGUAGGUGGACGUGCACAAGUGUCUGACAUGUGGGAUUACUGCGGGAGCAGGAUGGACGAACAUUGCCACCUUGUGUUAUUGCUACGGCACUCACCAGCGACUUUUACAUUUUAAACCUCCGAUCCGGGACCAAGAAACGACUGAAAAGAGGCGGUUCAUAUUCUUGGGGAUGCUAGGAUGCCUGGUUUGAUUUGAGCUCUGCUUCUGGUUCAUCCAGGGGUUUGUUUCUUGUCCCAUUCCUUCCACCCUUGGUCUUACAGAUGACUGAAAAACCUCAACGGUGGCCUUCACGACACAGGAGCUACUUCCUGUUCCGCCUGGGGCUGCUUUACAGUCAAGUAUUGAACACAGUGAGGUUAGGGUUGAACCAGUUUACCUGAUGAUCAUGUCUCCUUCACAGCUGCUGCAAAAUAAGCUACAAAGGCACAUACAUGCACGCACUCACACGCUUAUUCAUCACAGCUCGGAAAAUGGUGUUAGACUUCAGGUCGAUUUCAACGUCCAUGCUCAUCUUUUUGACACUUUUGGCUCUAAUUAGAGUCGACAAAGAGAUCCCUCUGAUGUCGUCACCCACGCAGAAAAACCUGUCGUCACGUGUUGUGAGAUAAAAACAAAGUGCCUUUUUUUUUCUCUUCUUCUCCUAUUUUGCAGCGUCAAAGAUAUAGUUGCUUUCUUAUGUAUUUACACCUGCCUCAUGUUGUGCCAACUGUAGUUCAGAGUAAGACUGAGUCUCCUACCUCAGAGGUAGCCGUUAGAAAUACGUUUUUCUAUUCUGACAAUUUCAAGGCUCAGCUCUAAAGUCGUUUUUUUUUUUUUUAAAUCAUAAAGUCUCAGCGCUGACUUUGGAAUUUUGCAAAAAAAAUAAAAAAAUCGAUCAGAUUUUUUUUCUGCACUGCAGCCUAAGUUUUAUUACCAUCAGCCAUGUCACGAUUAUCCAGACAUAGUGAUAUUUGUUUCUACAAAGUACAAGAAGAGUCAGAAUAGGUGAAAACUGCUCUCGCAUUCAAACUGUACUUUUUGUGUUAGCGCAACACAGGGUUUCUCUUUCUUUGUUCUUGUUAAGAGGAAAAACAAAACAACUAAUGAGUACCAUGAAAUGCAAUCUGAUUUGACAAAUCAGAGCCAGACCUGUACAGGCCUGAAUCUGUCUGGGCAGAUGAGGCUCCACUUCCACGCAGAAGGAACGCGGUCAUUCACACACACAUAUUACACAUCUACACACACAUUAUUCACAGAAAUGCACAAUUGUACAGCUGUUAUGCAAAGAUCAUCCCGCAGUAGCACUGCGGCUUAAGCAGUCUCCACGAAAAACAAAGCAGCGUGUCCUUACAACAGCCAAACAUGUGAUAGUGUGACUAUGUGCAAUACAGAAAUGACAUAUGUAUAUAGUUUUCUAAACACUUAAUAUCCUUUUGAAAGUUUAGUCCUGAAAUGUGCAAAUAUAUUGGUUUAUAUAUGUAUUUUCUCUUUUCAGUUACAACAUGCUGCUUAUUAUUGUGAUUAAUAUUAUUUACAUUAUUACUAUUAUAUUUGUUAUUAUUAUUAUUAUUAUUACCUGUUUUCUUUUGCUGCAGUCUAAAGAAGUGGAGGCUUAAGCGUGUUUGGGUUCUGAAAGUAACGAACUGUGUGCCUUCCUUACUGAAUGUUGUAGUGCGAGUCGCCACUGGAUGACGAGGAAGAUGACUGUGAUGGUGAUGAUGGCGUGUUAGGUGUUUGUAGAACUUUGCCGUGGGACUCCUGGCCCGCUGCAGCCCGGCUGGCCCUGACUGCAGCGGAGCAGAGGGGAGACGGGGGUGAGGGUUUCCACUUCAGACCGAGAUGGAACACAGAAGACUAAAUUAGGAGAUGGCUUCAGGGAAUGUUAUUUUUGAAAAAAAAAAAAGGAUGAAUGGCUUUUCUCUAUUUUUGAAAAAGAUUAAAAUUCAAAGAGCUUGGUACAUUUUUUUUUAAUUUAUCCAAAAUGACCACAAGUUAAAGUGUUGUUAAACUCUGUACUGUUGCUACAGAGCUGUGCCAUGUUCUGUUCAGCACCUGACGUUUGUUACCAUCUAAUAUCGUUUUUGCUUAUUGACAAUCAGCAAGCAGUAAAGACUCUGCCUGAGUUGAACUGAACCUUUCGGUCAAACUUAAUACCAAACUAUUCCAGCAGUAUUUUGAAUGUCACACAUAUUUAUGUUAUAGUCAGAACUGUAAAGUGGUUCUCUGGGUGAUAGAAAAUGCGUGGUUAAGAUUGUGUUGACGUGUUGUGAUGAUGUUUUGAUUUUAUUUUAUAUUUUUUUCUGUAAAUGUGCCAUUUCUAACAUGAGCAGCACUAUAUUAAGACCCUCUUCUUAUUUUCAGCCCUUUUGUCUGUCAUCAUUCUUAAUCUGGUUGGUUGUGGGGGGGGGGGGUCUGACAGAGCAUGCUCUGUUUCGCAUUUACACAUGCUGUGUUUACGUGCAACAUUCACUACUAUUAUUCUGGUCUGUAACUAAUAAGCCAGCUCGUGAAAAUUGAUAUGCAUAAGAUAAGGGAAAGUAGACAGAAAUAUACAACUUUUGAAAUAAAACAAUGACGUUGGUGGCUUUCCCUCCCUUUGAAUCCCAUGGAAACGCCCUACCACUGGUGUUUUUCUAAAACUCAGUCUUACUGUUGCCACAAAUGGUUUUCGCAAAGGGAAACAGUUUUUUUCCACUGUUCAAUGUUCCAACUCAGGUCUCAUUCAGAUAUCUAAAGCUGCUUGUUCAAUUUGAUAGAAGGGGAUUGUUUAUUUUUACAUUUCUUGUCACCGACUGGCAGAUUUGUUGCAUGGCUACACAAUAGAGCUAACGUAAUUACAAUGUGAAAUAACACGUUUCCUUCGUUAACCUGUCUGACGGUGGUUUAAACUGUUCCAAAGUCCGAGUGGUGCAUGUAAACACAGCCGGUGUCUUGCCCAUGAGCUGCAGAGAUAAAGUUGGUCUUCUACAGACCAACCUCACUGAGUUUAUUUAGAUGAUGGUGAUUGCUCUGCCACUCUUCCUCAUUCUGUUUGUCUUUCAGACAGUCUACAUGUCUGACACAUCCUUGCACUUCUCCAAGCCCAUCAGUGACUGUUUUUUUUUUUCCAAUUUGCUUUUACUUGGAUGGGCAUCUGUGUGAAAAUACUUAAAAAUGAGUGCCACAGCCAACCGUGUGAGUGCCACAAAGUGUAUGAGGCGAUUCCUGGAUGUGUUUUCUGUUUCUUAGGUUAGAGAGUGAUGACUGACAAUCUUUAUUAUUGGACUUCACGUCCUCUGAUCUGAUUACCUGGCAAGACUUCUUUGUAUGUCUUUUUCAUUUUGUAUUUUUACUCUAAGGAAUCUCUGCUUUGCUCCUUCAUGUAUGAUACAGUUCUUUAUAUUUAUACAGAUAUACAUAUUUUUUGUAUCUUUCCCUUUUUUCCAAUUUCCCUUUUUCCAAGAUUAAAAAUCUAUCAAUACACAGUAUUAUAGAAGAUGUGAUGUGGACAGCUAUCUUUUUUUUUUUACAGUCAUGUAUGAAUUGAGAAUUUGUCAAAAAAAUGCUUUUACUGUCCUUGUGUGUAAAUUGUAUGUAUAAAUUAAAUUAACCAACUUGGAAUUGAGUGCAUUCAAGUGUGAAAGAAACAUUAGCAAUUGCUAUUUUAGGCAUGCAAUCUACAUUUAAAUAAAAUA